GCGUGGUGACGUCAGCGCGCCAUUGCGUUUGAACGCGCGCUUCCGUCCAGGGGGUCCAUCAUGGAGUCUCUGACCCAAGCCCUCUCCUCCAGCUUCUCUGUCUCCAGAGAACCGAACAGCACCUCCGCUCCACAUCCGCGCCUGGCCCAGUACAAGAGCAAGUACAGCGUUCUGGAGCAGAGCGAACGGCGCAGGAGGUUCCUGGAGCUGCAGAAAGAGAAGAGGCUGAACUAUGUGAAUCACGCCCGCCGUCUGGCUGAUGGAGACUGGACCGGAGCUGACAGCGAGGAUGAGGAGGAUCGAGAGAAGAAGAGGCAGCAGCAGCAGCUGGAGAGCAGCGCUGAUGAGGAAGGGAUGGAGAUCGAGCAGAAGAAAAAGCUACCGAAGCAUUACGCCAACCAGCUGAUGCUGUCAGAGUGGUUGGUGGACGUCCCGGCAGAUCUGAGCUCUGAUUGGCUGAUGGUGGUUUGUCCAGUUGGAAAGCGUUCUCUCGUUGUGGCCUCCAAGGGAUCCACGUCGUCUUACACCAAAAGUGGCUACUGUGUCAAUCGAUUCCCUUCUCUCAUUCCCGGUGGCAGCAGACGCAACUCUGCUUUGGGGAAAGAUUACACCAUCCUGGACUGCAUCUACAGUGACGUGGACAGAACAUACUACAUCCUGGAUGUCAUGUGCUGGAGGGGACAUCCUGUGUAUGACUGCUCAGUAAGUGUCCACUUCCUAACUGGCUGCAUCAAAAAGGAAGAGGUUGAAGGUCUUUCUGAAAUUACCAAGAUUAAUCCUAGUCCAUCAGUCUCUCUCUCUCUCUCUCUCUCUCUCUCUCUCUGUCUCUCUGUCUCUCUCUCUCUCUCUCUGUCUCAUGAGUACAACUGUUACAGUAAGAAUGUGGACGGACUUCUUUUCUACCACAAGGAGACCCACUACACCCCUGGCAGCACGCCAUUGGUCGGCUGGCUCAGACCCUAUAUGGUGGCAGAUAUCUUGGACAUCGAGGUGCCACAGUGUCCCCUCACCAGCAAGCCUGAUUAUGCCAGCCAUCAGCUUCAGCAGAUCCUGGAGCACAAGAAAACCUCAUCAGAAGUUCGCCCGGCCGACCAAAACGGCCGAUAUGAACUGGAACACCUGUCCACGCCAGAGACACAGCUGGAGGACUCUCACAGCGCUCAGAAAGAGGGCAUGGAGGUCUGAGGACUUCUGCAUGAACUGCUUUAGAGAGCACUUUUCUCAAGUCCGGGCAAAGAUGAUCUCAUUUCAGGAGGACACUGACGUCGACUAGUUUUUAAUUGCUAUAUUUAAAAUUGCAAUUCAGUUCUUAGUAACUCAGAUGGAACUAUUUCUGUAACUGUAAUCUCAAGAAUUAAACUAUUCUGCUUUUCUGCAGAUAUUAUUUUAGGAAACAUAUAGGUUUAAAUGAUAGUAGACCCUCAUGCUCUGCUGAAUUCACUCAACUUGUGGGGGGGACUCAACUUCAUUGGAUUUUAUAUAUAGCUUUUUAAUUUGAUCUUUUCUGUAGAAGAUAAGAUCAGUAGAAUUCACCCUAUGAAUCGUUUUUUUAAAUUUGUGUUAUGACUUCAAUAAAGUUUUACUGUCCGUUUUGUUUA